UGGCUGAUACAACCCAGCGGCUGACGAACAUCCGGGUAUUCUGUCGAGAUGGUCAUGGCGGAGGGUACUGCAGUUCUCAGGAGGAAUCGGCCUGGAACCAAGGCAAAGGAUUUCUACAACUGGCCGGAUGAAUCAUUCGAGGAGAUGGACAGCACCCUGGCUGUCCAACAGUACAUUCAGCAGAACAUUCGAUCAGACUGCUCCAAUAUCGACAAAAUCCUGGAGCCUCCGGAGGGUCAGGACGAAGGGGUUUGGAAGUACGAGCACCUCAGGCAGUUCUGUUUGGAGCUCAACGGACUCGCCGUAAAACUGCAGAGCGAGUGCCAUCCAGACACCUGCACCCAGAUGACGGACGAGCAGUGGAUCUUUUUAUGUGCCGCCCACAAGACACCCAAAGAGUGCCCUGCCAUUGAUUACACCAGGCACACGCUGGACGGAGCUGCCUGUCUUCUCAAUAGCAACAAAUACUUCCCCAGCAGGGUGAGCAUCAAGGAGUCAUCGGUGGCCAAACUGGGCUCCGUCUGUCGUCGCAUCUAUAGGAUAUUCUCUCACGCCUACUUCCACCACCGCCAGAUAUUCGACAAGUAUGAGAACGAGACGUUCCUGUGUCACCGGUUCACGCGCUUCGUCAUGAAGUACAACCUGAUGUCCAAGGACAACCUGAUCGUGCCCAUUCUGGAAGAGGAGGUCCAGAACACCUCGUCAGCCGGGGAGAGCGAGGCCUGAGACCCAGCUGCUGCCAUAUGGGAGACGACACACACACACACACACACACACACACACACACACACACACACACACACACACACACACACACACACACACACACACACACACACACACACACACACACACACACACACACACACACACUACAGUGUAUAACGCCUACAUGUCCCUCCUCCACCCUCGUCACCUGUCUCAGAGGAAGUCAAGAGGAGCAGAGUCAGCCAUGCCUGCAGGGUUUUUAUUUCCUCUCUGUUCGUCCCAUCAGAUCCACCGGAGUCGUUUCCUGCUCUCACACUACUCCUCCGAAUUCAACCUUUAUUUUCCUUUUAAUCUUCUUUAAGCAGCUGGAUUUGCAAAAACUUAUGUAAUCAUGGUGACCUGUAUUGUUGACAAAGGCACUCACUGACAGCCCCCCCUCCUCCUCUCCCCCCCUUCCCUGUAAAUAGCCCCCACUCCUCCUCCCUCUAUUUUAAUUCACAAUGUUUAUUUCUGAUGCUGCUUCACUCUCUGUCUGCUUCUGUUCUCUCUCGGCUUGUGUUUCCUGUUUUUUUUGUUGUUUUUUUUGGGGGAAGGGGGGGGUCGUCUCAUGAAGUGGAUCACUAAAUCAGCCUGCUGACGUUAAUAAUGCUAUUAAAUCACAAUGUUAGGUGUGCGGCUCGUGUGGUAGUGAACAAUGACAAACGUAACCUCUAGCUUCGUCCGUGUACUAGCAGUCAGAUCUUCUUUCUCUGAGUAUUUAGGAAGGCUUGUUGGCUAACUCUGAUCCUGCUCUGUGACCUGCUCCUGUUUUUAAUACUGUUUCAAAUGUGCCCGAUUUUCCACCUGCUUGUUCACUAAAUCUUAACGUGUUUACGUGCCGAGGCUGAGCUGCUGUAAGCCGGUUUUUAAUGCCGUAAACGUUCGAUGAGUAAAUACGACGAGGGAGGUGGAAGAUUGGCUACAUUUACAGCACAGCCUCCCCCUCUUUACCCCUCCCCCCUCAUUAAGUUAUUUUGUGGGAGGAGAGUCUUGUCAAUCCAACCCACUUUUUUUUUUUUUAAAUGGACUAAAAAAUUUUGUUACUGUUGACAUUUUCAUGAUGUCUGU